GCCUAGCUCUCUCCUCACCUUUCUCUCCUGAGCAAGACAAUGUCUUCACUGGUGUUGGCCUGGAGGAUAGUUGGGGUUGUCAUCAUUCUAUUUAUGCAGAGUGUGACUGCCACUGAUUGUGCUUGUGAGCUGGCUGGCGGAGGAAAGCCUUUCCCUAAAGACAAACUCCUGAGCAUUGAGACCUCUGCCAUCAAGUGCAAUGAGAACAUCCAGUUGGCAAAGGUGUCUGAGGAGGCUUCCCUGCGUCUGGGUCUGCAUAAGCGUCUGCUGCAGCUGCAGGAUGAGGUGUCUGUGCUGGAGCAGGAGGAUGAUGGUGGCCUGUAUGGAGCCGUGUCUCUCAGGAUCAUAGAGAUGGAGCUGGCCGAGAUACUGCAGCUCAUCAACAGACUCAACACCACACAUAACAUGCACCGAAGCUUGGGGGCAAACGUCCAUGGCACAAUGCAGCAGGUGCAAGCUGAACUCAAAAGUCUGGAGGAGUUUGACCACAUGCAGAUUGCGCAAAAGCUGGAGGAGAACAAGCGACUGCAGAGGAGUCUGGCCCAGUGCCAGGAGGAACUUCAGGCCACACCCCCUCCACCAACUCCACCCCCAAGCAACUGUCCUCAUGGUCCCCUCAUUCGGGUGGACGGUCCCAGAACGUACACCAUCACCCAGUAUGGAACCUCAUAUCACUAUGGCUCCUGGGGCCGAGACCCAAAGCCUGCCCGUGGUAAGGAGGGUUGGUACUGGCUGAUACCACUCACCAGCAGUAACGUCUAUGCCAACUACGUGCGUCAGUACAACAGCCUGAGUGCCCUGGUGGCUGGCGUGGGCCCUGUAGACGUGUCCAUAGCUUCUGCCAACCCCACCACCAACACCAUCCAGGGGCCCAAUGUGGUGAUGUACGGUGACGCCCUCUACUAUGGCUGCUACAAUAGCCCCACUGUCUGCCGCUUCAACCUCACUUCACGACAAGUUACCACAGUGGCCCUGCCAGCGAAUUCUGGCAUCAACAACAAGUUCCCUUUUUGCCACUUAGGGGCGUGCUACGUCUACACAGAUCUGGACCUGAUGACAGACGAUUCUGGAGUUUGGGUGGCCUACACCUCAGCAGAGAACUUUGGCGACGUGAUGCUCAAUCAGGUUGAGUCUGGUGAUGUUCCAAGGCUGGGACGCACCCUCAAGACCUCCCUGCACAAACGCACCGCCACCAACACUUUCAUGGCAUGUGGAGUUCUCUACGCCACUCGGUAUGUGGACAAGGAGACAGAAGAGGUAUUCUACUCCUUUGAUUCGCGCACUGGUGUGGAACGCCACAAUCUGAACAUCCGUUUCAAGAAGAUGCAGACCAACAUACAUUCCCUCAACUAUGACCCUUCUGACCAUAAGCUGUAUGCGUACAGUGAUGCCUAUGCAGUCUCAUAUGAUGCCAUUUUUGAGUGAGGGGAAAUUUUAACAUCAUUAGUGCACAUAUAAAAUAGACAAAACAUGUAGGCACUCCUUAUUUAACUUAAAAGGCCUUUAUUCUGGCUUCACUCCAUCAAUAGUGCACAUUUUAAAUUUGGUGUAAUAAUGGAUUAGGUGUAAACAUAAGGAUGAAUGAGCAAUUGCUUUUAAAGAUUAUAGACUCUGAGCACUUUAUGUCAUGUUAUGGAAAUGCAUAUUUUGGUUGACAUUUUUAUAGUCAAUAUCCUUUUCUAUCAGUGCGCUGUAUGCAAUCAAAUAAAAAUUUCGAAACUUAUCUCACUCUUGAUGGACAUUUGCCUUAACUUUUCAAUCAGAUGAAGAUGAGGGUUUAUCAAAUCAGUUAAAAGAUCAUGCCUAUUUAUUGUGCGUAUAUCAUUUAUUCAGAAUAUAUUCCUUUUGGCCUGAAAGAACUUUUAGGCAAACAGGAACAUUUG